AGAGAGAGAGAGAGAGAGAGAGAGAGAGAGAGAGAGAGAGAGAGAGAGAUGGAGGGGGAGAAGGAUGACCAGAACUCGGCAAGCGAGGACGAGGAUAGAGGACUUCUGCGAAUGCUGACGAAAGAAGAGCAGUCGGCACUUGCGGGCAAGAGCAGGGCUGUUGCGGAGGGCGGGAAAACUCUUGCCCGUGGCUAUGGACAGACCAUCAAGGCCACGUUGAAGCGUGUGGGUAAACCGGGUUGGCCUUUGACUGUGAUCUCUGGGUUAUGCUUGAUUCUGACGGUCUUUUUUCUGCCUCAGAGUCCUUUGUCGGCCGUCGAUUUUUUUGGACGUUUGCAAGCAGGACCGCUGGGCCCAUCAAGUUGGAUGAAACCAAGAAAGUUACCUUUCUGGGAAAGUUUUUCGUGCAAUUACACUGAUCUCCACGCCGCUUCUGGUAAUUCUACUACUUCUGAUUGCCGCCUUAAUUACAUGCAGGGGCGAUGGGUGCUGGAUCUCGAGCGACCGAGCCCAUACCCCUCUUGUCCUCUCCUCUCCAAGCGUGAUUGCAUUCGAGACGGAAGGCCGAAUGACACCUAUCAGCACUGGCGAUGGCAGGCGUCCACGUGUGGCAUUCCCGAGUUCAGCGUCCGUCGAUUUGUCCAAGCUUUGCACUGUAUCAAGAAGCGGCGGCUAUGGUGGAAAGCGAGAUCAUCACGCCAAGAAAGGGGUGCUGGAGCUCGUGACGAUGAUGUCGAUGGCGGCGGGGAAGAAGGCGGCCAGGAGGAGGUGAAGACCGAGCAGGAGCCGAAGACGAUGGCGAGCGAAAGCAGCAUGAUGUCCGCCGGUCCUGAGGAGGCCGUUGGCAAGCCGGCGGACAACUUCACAGCGUCGGACAAUUUCGCGACUUUGGCUUUCGCAGGGGACAGCUUGGGAGAGAACAUGUUCUUAUCCCUCACUUGUAUGAUUGCCGCGGAGUACGGCUCGCCCGAAAGUUUUUAUGAGAUGGACCGCGGGUUAUGCAGGGUAUGGGCAGCUGAGCUCCAGGUCAGAGUAUGCCUGUUCUGGUCCCCAUACCUAGUACGUCUUCAAGAGCAGGACAAUGGGCGGGAGAUCGCCGGCGAGACCCAGAGGAGAUUUCCUCCUCCUCCUCCUCCUCCUACCUCGAAUCGUCGUCGUUCUUCUGCCUCUGCUAGUGCUCCUGGUGCUGCUGUGAGGCGAGUACACGUCUACAGAAAUAGAACUGGCAGAGGUAGAGGUGAUCGUACUACUGGUAGGAGGACCCUCUGUACAAGUACAACAGCAGUACGGCCAGGACGACAACGAAAAGGAGUAGGACUAGGAGGAGGAGCGGGAGUAGGAGUAGGAGUAGUAGUAGGAGGAGGAGCAGGUGCUCCGUGGUGGGAACUCCACGUGGACAGAUUAGCAUCCGGUUGGAUUGCCAAGCUGGAUUCCGUUGACGUCAUCGUUUUGAACACGGCUCAUUGGUGGAACUACGAGAAGCUGACACGUCGCAAGAUCAGAUUCGUGCAGGGGGGUAUUCCUCGGCCGGACAUGUCGAAGGAAACAGCAGUUGGCCUGGCCGUACGCUUGGCGGCGGAGCAUAUAACCCAGUUAAUGCGGAACGGGUCCUUCACAGGGCAGGCCUAUUUUCGCUCCUUCUCCCCGGUGCACUUCAGCAGUGGAGAAUGGAACACGGGAGGUCGAUGCGAUGCUAAUCUCCCGUUUACGGACGAUCUUUUGAGCAAGUUUUUGGCUAGAAGGGGGAAAAAGAGGCUUCCCUCGGAGUGCGAGAAAUGGUGGAAGGGCGCCAUGAAGUCGUGCCCCGAGUGUGCGCUUGAUUACCUGGAUAUCACCCACCUCUCCUACUUCCGCAUUGACGGGCAUCCGUCCAAUUAUACGCGGAAAGGGGGGAGCGAUUGCGCGCACUGGUGCCUUCCCGGUGUGCCGGACACUUGGAACGAAAUACUGCUGAUGUUGAUGGAAAUGAAUCUCGCAAAGGGGUUAGGGUCGGUCAGUGACUAAGGGGGCCUCAUCCCACCCCUACUUACGGUCAGUAUAUU